GAAAAUGGCCAUGGGUAGUAUAAGAAGACUUUUCUACUCACGGAACUAUUUGAUUCAUCAACUUAGCAGUAAGACUCCUACUCUUUCACAUUAUCAGAAAUGUCGUACUUUGUCUGUUGAAAAAGAGCAGUUGGAAACUAAAGGUGGAGACCUAUCUUCUCUAAAGGUAGCUUCUGCUCUAUUUUCUGCACCACAAUUGGAUAGUGACCGACAGAAAGUCUCCCGAUUAUACAAGUUAGGGAAGUUGAACCAUGUGGCUGUUGCAGUGAAGGAUGUUCAAGAUGCCGCAGAAUUGUAUGAAAAGGUAUUUGAAGCAGAUGUCAGUAAACCUGUGCCACACGUGGAGAUGGGUGCAACAGUCAUAUUUGUCAGAUUGGGCAACACUAAUAUCGAACUUAUGGAGCCAUUAGGGAAGGCAAGUCCCAUUGAGAAAUUUCUAGCCGGUAAUAACUCUGGUGGAAUACAUCAUAUAUGUUUAGAAGUGCCCAGCAUAGAAGCAACUAUACAGCGAUUGAGAGAUAAUCACGUGGAUAUGCAAACAGAAGAACCUGUUAUCAGUGACCAUGGAAAGCGUUCGGUAUUCGUGGAUCCUAAAGACUCCAAUGGUGUGUUAUUAGAAUUAAUGGAGGAAACAACUGCAAAGGGAGUUUCUGCUUGAUAAAUAGAAAGGAACUAAAAAAUGUUGUUGUUCAUAG